GCUCUUUGCGCCGGAGUCUCACUCAAUACACACAUUUUCCUUAGCUGUUCAGUUUCACACACACCAUGCUGAUAUGCUCCAAACUUUGUUUUUCGUUCUGGUUUUCAUUUUUUGCAUGCCUUGGGCUACGCCUGAACGUUAUUCUCUUAAUAAACCCUGAACAUAAAAUAGAGAACUUUCAUGAUAUACAGUGAUUUUUUUUUUCUUUCUCUUUUACUGUUUUAGGGCUAAUGCAUUCUGUGAUUCUGGUAAAAAGUUUAAGUUUUUUUGCACUCCCGCUUUUGGCUUACAAAGAGAAGAACCAUAUUAUUAUUAUUAUUGCAAUAAUUUGAUUAGCAAUUUCAUUUUUGAUCGGGUACUAAAUUAUGUUAUCACAAUCUUAGCUUUAUGUAUGCAAUCUUACCUUUCCACGCACAUAUCAUGAUAAUUUAUUUUAUGAAUUUGUUCACAUCAUUUGCGCCUUUUGGAGGCAAGAUUCUGCAGCUGUUUUUGUUUUUUUCUUCCCUGUUCUAUUCGUACAUCGUAACAAUAUUGUAGUGUAGUAGAUAGCAGUUCUCUGAUGCAAUGGGUGUCAUUGAGAGCUCCACCUCAUUGUGUCUUGGCAACGAGCAUUGUUUGCAAUUGGUCGAAAAGCUUAUGGGCAAUGAGACAGAGACAGCUUCGAUGGCAUUAGGUAUAAUCAGUGUCAUUGUUUGGGUUGUUGCUGAGAUACCUCAAAUUAUCACAAACUACAGAGAAAAAUCAACUGAGGGUCUCUCUGUUGCUUUCUUGUUGACAUGGAUAAUUGGAGACCUAUUCAACAUUUUUGGAUGCUUGCUGGAGCCUGCUACUCUUCCAACUCAACUAUAUAUAGCAGUGCUGUAUACCUUUAUAACACUUUCACUUUGUACACAGUCCAUUUACUAUGGACACAUAUAUCCUCGACUGCAAUACAAAAGACAGCUUAAGGUUGACACACCAACAAAUGCUGGACAGUGCUGGAGUAGGAUGGAAAAACCCUAUGAUGCUGAUCAGUACAAUGAAUUUGAUGAUUACAAUAAACGCAUUGGUUUGAGUUCCCCAAUUAAUGUUCCAGCGCUUUCUCAAAAGAAUUCUGUUGGAAGACAAUUAUACUACCAGUCAGCAAGAUAUCUAUCAAAGAGUCAUACAGCGACAGCGCAAUCUAUCUUGCCCCGAAGUUCAGGUUCUACUUCUAAUAUUUCGAACCCUAUAGAAGAUCCUUUGCUUGGUCCUUCUGUCUUGACUCAAUCUGCACCAAAUUUAAUGGUCAAGAGUACUCGUUGUUUGGUGUCAGCAUUAACUUUUCUAGGUGCCAUCAAUCUACUGCAGUCACUAGAUACAAGAACACAUUCGAUGGUCUCAAAACCAAGACGCGAAUUAGUGAUUUAUGUUGGAAGAAAGCUUUUUCAGGUUAGUGGUCAUCAAUUGCCAGAGGUUGCAUCAGUUUACACUGGCAUUGGGACUUUACUUGGUUGGGCCAUGGCAUUUAUAUAUAUGGGUGGAAGACUUCCUCAAAUUUGUUUAAAUAUCAGAAGGGGUAACUUUGAGGGCGUCAAUCCCUUGAUGUUUCUCUUUGCUUUAGUUGGGAAUUCCACUUAUGUAGCGAGCAUACUAGUGACAAGCUUGGAUUGGUCAAGAAUUCGCCCAAAUCUACCAUGGCUUGUAGAAUCAGGAGGAUGUGCCCUUCUUGAUUCUUUUAUUUUGAUGCAAUUUAUAUAUUUCCGCUAUCGGACCAGCCAAGGCCUAGAGAUUAAAUGCAAACAGCAAAGCGUUGCGUAGAUGAGAAAGAAACAAGGAUUAUCAGGAAUCAAGAUGGACACCUGCUAAGAAACUAGACCUAUACUACUUCCUAUACAGUGGAUUUUCUUGUCUUUAUGACCUAAUUGAUCAAAUUGGUGACCUUUGGAUACUUGAAUCACUGAGAUGUUGGCUGACUCUGGAGUAAUUAGCGGAGGGCAAAUAUAAGUUUCGGAGGCUGGAGUUCAACGUCCAUGCUACCGUCAAAAAAAAACGUCCAUGUUUAUGCAUCUGCUUGAUUAUUCCAUCUUUAUUGUUGGUAAAUAACUUUUCAUAUUACAUUUGGAAAAGACACGUUAGUGAAGUUUUGAUUGUCCAUUUGGGCCAUAAAAGUUUAUGAUCUUCAAUUUAUGUUGUAUGUGUGGUUGCAAGCUA